AUGGUGAGUCAGCUGUUUUGGAAGCAGGCCGCCGCCUCUCACCGGCAGGUGGCUGCGCGCCUAUCUCCGCAACGGCUCUAUCGUGGCCUGGCCACCGAAGCUGCCUCGACGCGCAUGCCCCCAUAUGCAAAGAUUGUCCGCAACCUUGAAUUGGUUCGCAAGGUGUUGGGAUCGGAUCGCUCGCUCACUCUCGCCGAAAAGAUCCUUUACGCUCACUUGGACAAUGUCGAGGAGUCACUACUUUCCGGCACAAACAACGGUCGCGACAUCCGAGGCAAGGCCAACCUGAAGUUGAAGCCGGAUCGUGUGGCCAUGCAGGAUGCUUCGGCCCAGAUGGCUUUGCUGCAAUUUAUGUCCUGUGGCUUGCCCUCAACUGCUGUUCCAGCCAGUAUUCAUUGCGAUCACAUGAUCGUUGGGGAACGUGGCGCGGACACAGAUCUUCCGGCCUCUAUUCAGGGCAAUGCCGAGGUCUUUGACUUCCUCGAGAGUGCAGCCAAACGAUAUGGUAUUGAGUUCUGGCCCCCUGGUGCCGGUAUCAUUCACCAGAGUGUACUUGAAAACUAUGCUGCCCCUGGUCUGAUGAUGCUCGGCACCGACAGUCACACUCCCAAUGCAGGUGGUCUCGGUGCCAUUGCCAUUGGUGUUGGCGGUGCAGAUGCUGUUGACGCACUUGUCGAUGCUCCUUGGGAAUUGAAGGCUCCCAAGAUUCUGGGCGUUCGGCUGGAGGGCCAGCUGAGUGGCUGGGCCUCUCCAAAGGAUAUCAUUCUGCAUUUGGCGGGUAAGCUGACUGUUCGUGGCGGUACUGGUUUCGUGAUUGAGUAUCAUGGUCCGGGUGUGGAAACCCUCAGCUGCACUGGCAUGGCCACCUGUUGCAACAUGGGUGCUGAAGUUGGUGCCACCACUUCGCUUUUCCCCUUCUCGCCAAGCAUGGUGCCCUACCUUGAAGCCACGCACCGUGGCCAUGUCGCCCAGGCUGCAGCUGAGAUUGCUGCCUCGGGACCCGGUAACCUUUUGCGAGCUGAUGGCAAGGCUGAAUACGAUCAAUUGAUCACUAUCAACCUCUCUGAGCUUGAACCGCACAUCAAUGGUCCCUUCACACCUGAUCUCUCUGUUCCCCUCUCCAAGUUCGCCGACACCGUGCGGGAAAAGAAAUGGCCCGAGACAUUCGGUGCCGGUCUCAUUGGUAGCUGUACGAACUCCUCGUAUGAGGAUAUGACUCGAGCGGAGGACUUGGUUAAGCAGGCCUCGGCCGCGGGGCUCAAGCCCAAGGCGGACUUCUUCAUCACUCCCGGUAGUGAACAGAUUCGUGCGACUCUGGACCGUGAUCAGACUCUGAACACCUUUUCAGAGGCGGGCGGUGUCGUUCUCGCCAAUGCCUGCGGUCCCUGUAUUGGACAGUGGAAGCGUACCGAUGGCGUUCCCAAGGGUGAAAACAACGCCAUUUUCACCUCCUACAACCGCAAUUUCCCGGGUCGUAACGAUGGAAACCGACAGACCAUGAACUUCUUGGCCUCUCCCGAACUCGUCACUGCGCUCGCAUACUCUGGCAGCACCACUUUCAACCCAAUGACCGACUCUCUUCCCACCCCCAGCGGCGAGACCUUCAAGUUCCAACCCCCCAAGGGCUUUGAUCUCCCCAGUGCUGGCUUUGAGGAGGGCAACGCCAAGUUCCUUCCUAGCGCCGCUGUUCCCGAUCCUUCCCAGGAGGUCAUCGUUUCUCCGACCUCCGACCGUCUGGCGCUUCUGGAGCCUUUCGCCCCAUUCCCCAAGAGUGACUUGACCGGUCUGCAGGUCCUUUACAAGGUCAAGGGCCAAUGUACCACGGACACCAUCUCAGCCGCCGGUCCGUGGCUGAAGUACAAGGGUCACUUGCCCAACAUCUCCGCCAACACCCUCAUCGGCGCGCCACACUCGAUUCCCGAGCUUGCCGAGCAAUGGAAGCAGCGCGGCAUCGAGUGGCUUGUUAUUGCCGAGGACAACUAUGGCGAGGGAUCUGCCCGUGAACACGCUGCCCUGCAACCUCGAUACUUGGGUGGUCGCGUGAUUGUCUCCAAGAGCUUCGCCCGUAUCCACGAGACCAAUCUUAAGAAGCAAGGUGUUGUGCCGUUGACUUUUGCCAACCGUGAGGAUUAUGAUCGUAUCGAUGCCUGCGACACCGUCGACACCGUUGGUCUCUAUGAUGUUCUCCAGGCCGGUGGCCAGGGCAAGGUUCAACUUCGCGUCACCAAGAAGGCGACUGGCGAGUCGUUCCUGAUCCCCGUGCAGCACACCCUGAGCAAGGAAGGAUCAGUCGGCCUUUAUCUUGGCUGGCAAGGUAUCGGCAACUUGAUCCUCUCCGAGCUUCGCAAGAACCGCGAUAAAGCCAAAUCAGUUCACUUCUUCAGCUCAUCCGGCGGCAAUGCCGGUCUGGCUGCUGUUCAUGCGGCCCGCGAUAUGGGCUGCCCCUGUACCGUGGUGGUCCCCCAUAGCACCAAGCCCAUGAUGAUUGCAAAGUUACGAGAUGCCGGGGCUUCGGAUGUCAUUCAGCAUGGUGCAAGUUGGUACGAAGCAGAUUCGUAUCUGCGGCGGGAAUUCAUCGAUAAUCAGAUCGACGAAUGCGUGUCUGGGUCGGAGAAUACGCAUGUAGGUCUCCGCGACAGUGUCAAUGUGUACGUGCCACCGUUUGAUCAUCCCUUGAUCUGGGAGGGUGCCGCCAGUAUGAUUGAUGAGAUGGUGGGACAAUUACCACCGCGCGAGCCCGGCGAAGAAGAGAGCGCCACUUUUCCAGCGGAUGUGGUCGUUUGCAGUAUUGGGGGAGGCGGGCUGUUCAAUGGUGUGAUUGAAGGAAUUGGGAAAAAUCUUCAGAAAUUCCCGGUCUGGGGUUCGAACGUUGCCACCAGGAAGAAAGUGUGCGUCCUAGCGGUCGAAACAAAAGGCGCGGACUCACUUGCCUAUUCGCUUCGUCAAGGAAAGCUCUCUUCCUUGUCCCAAAUCACAUCGCAGGCGACUUCGCUCGGUGCGCUGCAGGUCGCAGAAAAGACCUUUGCAAAUGCGCAAUCUCCUCCGGAAGGUAUUGAAGUGAUCAGUGUCGUGGGCUCGGAUGCGGAGGCUGCCAGAGGCUCUUUGCGCUUGGCCGAUGAGACAAGGCUCCAGGUCGAGUUGGCGUGUGGCAUCGGACUGGAGGUGGCGAUUGGGCAGCGGCUGGAAGAGGCAAUUCCGGACUUGAAGCCGGAGACAAGAGUCGUGGUCAUUGUCUGUGGUGGAAGCAACGUCACCUCGGAAAUGUUGGCGGACUAUAGAGCAAAGCUUCAAUGCGGAUGGGAGUGA